AUGUACAAAGUUCGGAGUGGUGUUUUUAAGUAUAUUUCUAAUGUCAUAGUAGCUGAUUUCUCUAAUGAUGGCGUGAAAAGGUUUAAUGCAAAUGCAGUUAUAAAUAUCGAGUAUGAUAUUCAGAUCAUAGAGAAUUUUGCAGAUGAAAUGUUCUAUUCUGCUGGUCUGGGUGAAAUUUACAAUGAGGGUAGUUUUAAGAAUUGCUUGGUAGAAGCAAGGCAAUUGAUUAAUCUCUUGUUAAGUAGUCAAGCUGAGAACUUCAUGAAUCCUGUUAUAAGGGAGAAAAGUUACUAUGCAUUGGAUUACAAGAAAGUGUCUGCCAUUUGUGAUAAGUUCAAGGAUUCACCAGAUGGAAUAUUUAGAAGCCUUGCUAAUAAAAAUGCCAAGCCAAGUGCAAGAAAGAAAUUAAUGGACGUGCUCAAAAAGAACCUUAAAGAUUUCAGUUGA